UCAUAAAGCCGGACAGAGAGGCCAAGGAAAGAGGCCAGCUGACCCAGAGGCUCCAGGAGGAGAAACUGGCAAAGAAGUGCCCGGAGUGUAAUGAAACUAACGUGUGUCAAGGCCUGCUUGGUGAGGCACUUUGCUGGGUACUCGGACGGUGUUCCUACUUCCCACAAGAGGCCUGCGCGGUAGGCCAGGAGCUUAUUUAAAGACCAGGGAGAGAGGCUGGCCGAGCCAGUCGCUGGGGACACGUGGUGGAGUUGAGGCAGCCUGUUGUCCUCCCAGAUCUGAAGCCCCGUGUGUCACCGGCUGCCUUGGUUUCCCCUUGCUCAGCGCCAAAGCCUCAAACUUCUGAAAAACUGCCUUUGGUUUUAAUUCAACCUAUUUAAUUGUGUUUAUAUGAUUUAAUUUUUAACAAUGGCUGUGUUUAACAACCGGUUGGCAUAAUUCCUGGGAAUCCAGCAACUAGUUCUUUGCAAGCUGGUGGGACACCCCUGCCCCUACUCGGCUGUCUGCCUGUGCUGUUCCAUAUGCCUGGGGUGCUUUUCUCAUCUUCCUUUUAAAAUUUCUUUUUAUUCUGAAAUAAUUAUAUUCUCACAGGAAGUUGCAAAAAUUCAUGCUUUGGGAACAUUUGCCCAGCGCAUCCUCUGAGCUCUGUGCUGUGCAGUCGGGGGGCAGAGGGGUCCCGGGACCGACGAGGCUGGGCAAGUCCUCGAGGAACACCCAGGCUCAGUGGAGCCCUACUCUUGCAGGGCCAACCCCAGAUGGCGGCCUGGCACUCCCACGUCCCCGAGUGCAGGUGUGUGCUAGGGGAUCCCGAGGUGGGCCCAGGGCUGUCCUUUCUGUCCUGGAGUCCUUCACUCCCACAGCAUCCCCACCUGCAGUGGUCCAGGCCUGCCCAGCACACAGCGACCUGGUCCCCGCCCUUUGCCCUUCGCCCUUUGCCCUUCUAGACACACAGCCUGCUCUCCCAGACCCUCUACCUCCGGCAGUCCCUUGUGAGAACUGCCAAUCCAGCAGGGAGGGUGGGGCAGGAUGACCUCCAACCUCUGAAGUCCCACCCUAUCCUGAAAUCCUAAUUCUGCAUUAGCUGCUGUCCGUUCAAAGGCCACCUAUGAGAGCAACGUUGAAGAAAGAAUGGGAUUUUUAUUAGACUGUUUUUAAUGAUUAUUAAAACCAGCCACGUGCAGUGCAUAAUGAUGGCCCCUCUACAUUCAUGAUUUCAUCUUCCCUCUAAGAGGUGAGGGUCGGAAGCCCAAUGGACACAGCCCAGGAGCCGAACAGGCCGGACCUCACACAGCCCGUUAAGCACCGGACUUACUUGGGAUUUGUGCUGACUUUGGGGGCCUCUGGCUCCCAAACCAAGGUUCUUUCUACUCUAAAUGGAUCCUUGGGGAAGAAAACAAGGAGCCCCAAGAAUGGUGGGGGGGCGGGGCUGUGGUGGCUCUCAAUGGGUCCUUCAAGAAGCGGCCUGUGGCAUCUCCCAGCAUUAUCCAGCUGUGGGGAACCCCCACCGAGACUGGGAUUGCCCCUCAGCCAGAGCCCCCUCGGCAGCCUCCUCAUCCUGAAGGUCAAGCUUCCGUUUCCUGGGUCCCUGAAAAGGUCAGAUCGGUUUGGACUUCCCCCUCCUCCAGGAAGCCUUCCCACUCCUUCUGCUCCCCCCUCAGGCUAAGGUCAUGGCCCCUCUGCUCACACUGCACUCCAGACUUUCCUCAGUUCUGUUGUCUCUUGAGCAGGCCUGUGGCCCAUCUUACCAUCAGGGCCUGGCAAAGUCAAGAGUUUCUCAUUGUCCAGCGCACUUCCCGUGUAGACGAAGUGGGUUCCUAAAAGCCAGCCUGUGAUGGGACUGUAGGAGGGGGCUGGGCACAGGGUAUCCCACUGUGGACUCAUUAGGCCCUGGUCAUCGUUGACCUGGGGCUGGGGAAGAAGUCCAGCCUCAGGAGCUGAAAUCUGGCUUCAGAUCCUGAAGCAGCCCCUGACCAGCUCUGCGACCAAGGUCCUGCAGCCCCAGUGUCGCCGCCGCCAUGGCCCCGCAGCAGCUCUUCCGCGCGCUGGUGUCGGCGCAGUGGGUGGCCGAGGCGCUGCGGGCCCCGCGUGCCGGGCAGCCCCUGCAGCUGCUCGACGCCUCCUGGUACCUGCCCAAGCUGGGCCGCGACGCGCGCCGCGAGUUCGAGGAGCGCCACAUCCCGGGCGCAGCGUUCUUUGACAUCGACCAAUGCAGCGACCGCACGUCGCCCUACGACCACAUGCUGCCCAGCGCGGCGCACUUCGCCGAGUACGCGGGCCGCCUGGGCGUGGGCGCCGCCACCCACGUCGUGGUCUACGACGCCAGCGACCAGGGCCUCUACGCCGCGCCCCGCGUCUGGUGGAUGUUCCGCGCCUUCGGCCACCGCGCCGUGUCGCUGCUGGACGGUGGCUUCCGCCACUGGCUGCGCCAGGGCCUCCCGCUGAGCUCGGGCAAGAGCCGCCCCGCGCCCGCUGAGUUCCACGCCGCGCUGGACCCCGCCUUCGUCAAGACGUACAAGGACAUCAAGGAGAACCUCGAAUCGCGGCGCUUCCAGGUGGUGGACGCCCGCGCCACCGGCCGGUUCCGGGGCACGGAGCCCGAGCCCCGAGACGGCAUCGAACCCGGCCACAUCCCUGGCACCGUGAACAUCCCCUUCACGGACUUCCUGACAGACGAGGGCCUGGAGAAGAGCCCCGAGGACAUCCGCCGCCUGUUCCAGGACAAGAAGGUGGACCUGUCCCAGCCGCUGGUGGCCACAUGUGGCUCCGGUGUCACAGCCUGCCAUGUGGCACUUGGGGCCUACCUCUGCGGCAAGCCCGACGUGGCCAUCUAUGAUGGCUCCUGGGUGGAGUGGUACAUGCGCGCGCAGCCAGAGGAAGUUAUCUCAGAGGGCCGGGGGAAGACCGUCUGAGGCUGGGCAGGACGCAGGAAGCUCGGGUAACACUCAGCCACCAGCUGUGCGCAGCCUGGUUGUUCAGACUCUGCUUUGACCGGGAGACUCUUUCUUCCUCCAACUCGAGUGGCACAUAGGGCGACAUCCCAGAGGCCAGGAAUUCGGUUGACUUGUGGGUACCCAGUGGAGGCAGGAGAUAAGGUGGCGGUGGCACACGGGGCCGGGAGCUGCCCACAUGGUGCUGAGCUGGGUUGCAGCCCUACCUCCUGUCUGUCUUGCUCUUGAGGAAAUAAAACAGCCAAGUGCUAAAUCCUUCUAA